AUGGGACAUCAUCCAUCUAAACAUCAUGAUCGUCGCAAGAGUACAAAUCUUCAACCAUGGUCAUCGACAACAACAACUUCUCAACCAUCAAAUUCAGUACGAAAAUAUGAUUUGUCCAAUUUUGCUGUGAUUACAAUUGUUUUUAAUCCAAUACAAUAUAAAACUCGUUAUGAUCAUUAUCAAAAAUUUGAAGCACAUAUGUCUCAUUCUGGUGUAAAUUUGUUUACUGUUGAAUGUAUAUUUGAAUCAACAACACGUUUUGGUUUACCUCGACAAAAUUUUGAAGUAACUCGUGCUGGUGAGCGUCGUCAUAUACAACUUAUUGCUCCAUCUAUCGUGUGGAUGAAAGAGAAUUUAAUCAAUAUAGCUAUUCAACGUUUACCUCCAAAUAUUGAAUAUGUCGCAUGGAUCGAUGCUGACAUCGAAUUUGAACGUCUUGAUUGGCCACAUCUAACUAUAGCUGAAUUACAACGUUAUCCAAUUGUACAACUUUUUGAAUUAUCUUAUUUUCUUGGUCCUAGUGGAAAGAAAGAUAUAUUACGUCGUGAUUAUUCAUUUGGUUAUUCGAUUAGAAAUAAGAAACUAAUUGAUCCAAAACGUUAUAAUGAAUGGUAUCCUCAUCCAGGUUAUGCUUGGGCAAUGCGUCGUUCAGUAUUUAAUUCAAUGGGAGGUCUUCUCGAUUUUUGUAUUAUUGGAUCGGCUGAUUUACAUUUUGCUUUUGCACUUUUACAUCGUAUUGAAGAAACACUUCGACCUGGUUUGCAUCAAGAUUAUAAAAAAUUAGCUAUGAUGUGGGGAGAUCGAGUAGCACAAGUAGCAAAAAAUGGUGAAAAUGUUGGUUAUGUAUCUACUAAUGUAUGGCAUUAUUGGCAUGGCGAAAGAAAUGAUAGAAAUUACGUUGAUAGAUGGUUAAUAAUCGAAAAAUAUCAAUAUUCACCACAAAAUGAUCUACAAAAAAAUGACGAUACUGGUCUUCUUCGUCUAGCCGAUAAAAGUCAUUUAGGAUAUCCUGAAAUGCUUGCACGUAUGGAAGCUCUUGAACGUGAUAUUGUCGCCUACUUUAAAUCACGUAAUGAAGAUGAUACUACAAGGCGUAUUCCCGUACAACCUCCAUUUGCUAUUAAAAAACAACCCUUCGUAGCAACAAAAACUCAAACUCAUCGUGGAGGUGUCAUUAAAUCUACAAAGUUUCCAUCAAGCUAUUCGAGAGGUGGUACUAGACCUCAUAUAUGGUCUUCUGGUCCUGCUGGCACACAUGUUGAUGAUGACGAUUCGUACUUGCAUCACUGUACUUGUCCUGGACAUCAUCAUCAUCCUGACAAUCAUGACUGUCCAUGUUCGCCACAUCAUAUGGAUGAUCAACACUGUUGGAAUCCAUCCGAACAUGAACAUCAUCACCAUGAUGAUGACCAUCAUCAUCAUCAUGAUGACCAUCAUCAUCAUCAUGAUGACCAUCAUCAUCAUCAUGAUGACCAUCAUCAUGAUGACCAUGAUCAUCAUCAUCAUCAUACCGAUGAUCAUUUUGGAGGAGGUCACUCAUCUCAUGAACAUCAACAUCAUGGAGAUUGGAGCCAUGGUGAUAAUAGCGGUCAUAAUUAUGAUAGUUCGUUCGGUGGAGGAGGAUUUGAUUAUCACAGUGGAGGCGGAUCCGAUAAUACAAAUUAUGGUGGUCCUGGAAGCUUCUACUAA